ACUUUUGAAAUAAGAGUCGGUGGAAAUGCAUCUGAGAUCCAGUCUUAGAAGGGCAUCGUUGGAAGAAACUAGUAUUUGGCCGUCUUAACCAAAGCAAAUACAUACCUAAUACAACAAUUCCAGGAAAACUGUUGUGCUCAUAAUUUCUGAUACAAAAUGGAGAAAACAUGCUGCUGUAGGUCUUGCACAGUGGCGACAGGAACUGCCAUCAUUGCAGUUUUGGAAAUUAUCGGAGGUAUUUUUCAAAUGAUACAAGGGUCGAUAGUUGCAAAUGAGAUGAUCUCUCACCCAGAUCGGAUUCCCGACAAGCACUACCCUUAUUUUAAGGAUCAUACGGCAGUCUAUAUUACGUUUCAAUUCAUUGGCAUAUUCAUGGCACUGGCUUAUACCAUUGUAUCCGGCUUGCUCUUCCAGGGAUACAGGACGAGGAAUGUUCGACUCUGCUUGCCUUGGUUGUACUGGAAUUACAUUUCUCUGGGACUGACCGCCAUUGGAGUCGUCAUACUUUUCUUUGCUCUGGCGUUGAACGGCUACUUCGUUGUUGGACUAAUUAUGGUGCUAAUCUCAAUUGUUGUUUUGGGGAUUGCUGUGUACUUCGUUUUGGUGGUACAACGAUUUGUUGACGACAAUUGAGGAGCUGUCGGGAAGUGCAGCUGGGAGCAGCAAAAAAGGCAUUAUUUUUCCUUCUAAUUUUUUGUGAGUUAUUGGCCACUCCCAAUCGUCGGGUUUGUGGCAUUGUCAUACUCUUGGACUCCGUUAGUCAGUGGUAGAUGAUUUUUAACACCUGGACCUCGGCUGACCUUUAAGUGCGGCAUUGUGAUUUUAACGUCAGCUGGCCUUCCCUGAGUUGCAGAAUAGACUCUUCCUAGUUCUUGUUCCUGCUUACUUCAGUCAGCUCUUAUUUCAUCAGAAAAGAAUCUCGGGGAGCACACACACGCUACAAAGUUUUUUUAUGGUUCCCGUCUCCUCCCACAUCGUUCUCUCGCCUAUUUCCGCAUCCGGUUGGGCAGAAUUUUUCAACAUAUACGCUGCGGGCAAAGCGGUUUAAUUUGCCCUUGAACAAGAGCGCUCUGACCGACGGCGCUAUAUAAAUCUCGAUCCUAUGCAGGUCUAUUGUUCCAGUUUUUAAAUCUCUUUGGUCAAUUAUUAAUUGGUGAAAUUUAUUCAGUAAUUUCAACAACCAUGGCGGAAUGGAAUGGAAUUAUGAACAACAUCAACAUCAACGAAUAGGAAGAUGGAUGGACAAAUUUGUGGAACAUGUCAUCGGGCUAUCGGAAAACGCCAACUCACACUAUCCUGCGCCUUGUGUGAGCAAAAGCAUCAUCUUAUAUGUCAUCAGAAUGUAAAGAGACCAGAAAGGGGGUACACAUAUAAUAAUGUUGUACCAAAUUGGGUUUGCGCUAAUUGUUCUCUACAAAUUAAUGAGGGAUCGUGGAACGGAUUUUCUAAACUCAUCAGCGCUACUGCAGGAGGACUACGUACCCCUUCAACUUCAUACGUCGCAAGCCAACGUUACGAAUCAUUCUUCUCAAGAUUAUGCAUCAAGUGGUAACAACUUAUUUUAUGGUCUAUUGGAUAAGAAAAUAAGGGAAUGCAAAGGUAUUUUAUUUGCACAUGUUAAUAUCAAUAGUAUUAGAAAUAAGUUUGAGGAAGUGUGCAAUUUCCUACAAAAGCACACUAUUGCUGUAUUUGCGAUUACUGAAUCGAACCUAGACGCUGAAAGAGACUUAACGUGUAUGUAUCAAAUUCCUGAGUAUUAUAUGACAAGAUUUGAUAGGGAUGUGAAGAAAGGUAAAAAGUCAGGCGGAGGUUUAAUUAUGUACAUACAUAAUACGUUUAAAUUUGAUAUUUUAGACAUUGACUUUCUAAUACCUGGUAGAACUCAACUAGCUAUUUUGAAAGUUUAUCGUGAUUAUAUGAAGCCCUUACUUUUUACCGCGUUAUAUAAUCCACCUGACACGGAUAAAACGCAAUUUCUGAAAUGUUUUACUGAUCUUAAUGUAUAUUUAUCGAGUUUUAAGUAUGAAAGGAUUAUAGUGGGUGAUUUUAAUCUGAAUUUGAUUAGAAAAGGAGUAUUUGAUAUAAAUACGCAUAAAUUAUUGUUAUUAGCCAAAGAGUUUAAUAUGUACCAGUUAAUUAAAGGACCUACACAUAAUAGUGGAUCGCUCCUUGAUCAUAUGUAUGUGUCAAAUAAGUCAGAUUUCACACAAUCCUUUCACUUACCAUUCGCUGGAUCUGACCAUGAUAUCUGUGUUACUGCGAGAAAGAAACUUAAAAUUAAAGUAUCUCCGAGAAUUGUAACUUGUAGAAAAUUUAGUGAUAUUGAUUGGGACUUAUUCAAUAAGGAUUUACAAAGUUAUAUGGAGAAUGUGAACUGUGAAAAUAUUGAUGUCAAACACCCUGUCAAAACUGAUGUAGAAUUCAAUAAUUUUUCUUUAUAUGUAAUGAAUACGCUUGAUAAGCAUGCUCCAAGUAAAAAUAAGAUAGUGAAGAGCAAGAAUGUUCCAUGGUUCAACUCCGAGAUAUGGAAAUUGGUUAAACAUAGGAAUAGUCUCCUAAAUGUAGCGAGAAAGUCGAAUGAUGAUAAAAAAUGGAAAAUGUAUCGUAAAGCCAGGAAUAAUGUGAGAUAUAAUAUGAAUAAGGCAAAGAGAAUGUAUUUUCUAAACAAAUUUGAGAAUGUUACUGGUACUAAGAGUAUGUGGAAAUGUGUUGAUGAAUUAACUAGCUAUACAAAGAAGGAUUUGCAACCAAUUAACUCUUUAGUUAUAAAUGACGUAUGUACCUAUGACAAAGUGGUGAUGAAUGAUCAUCUUGCUGAAUGUUUUGAAGUGAAUGAUAAUUUUAUUACCAGUAAUGAUGAUGAAAUGAAUGAGAUGAUUGAAAACUAUUGUCAAAACUAUGAUUAUUCAAAAAGUAGUAAUUCUGAUAUUUUGCCGUUGGAAAUUAAGGAUGAUGAGAUUGAAACAUGUAUUUCGAAAAUGAAAAAUAAGCAACCUAGAGAUGUUAAAAUGCCACCCAUCUCUGUUAUUAAAAAAUGUAGGGAAACAUUUAGUGUCUAUUUAUCAAUGUUUUUUAUGUUGUUUAUUAACAAAUGUAUAUUGCCGCAGUCCUUUAAAGCUGCAAAAGUUACGCCUUUAUAUAAAGGAAAAGGAAGUCGAUCGAGCGGUAAAAAUUAUAGACCUAUAUCUAUUCUCCACACUUAUUGUAAGAUCUUUGAGAGGUUUCUAUUCAAUAGAAUAAGUAUCAGAGUUAAAAAUUUGUUAUGUAAAGAGCAGCAUGGGUAUAAGCAGAAUAAGUCAUGCAUUACAGCCUUGAAAGAAUUUACGAAUUAUGUUUAUAGUGAGAUUGACAAGCCUAAAACGAAGGUUGUUGCUGUAAUGAUUGAUUUUUCACAAGCUUUUAAUUCACUUGACAAGAAUGUAUUAAUUAAAAAACUAAUGAAUGAAUUUAAAAUAGAACCAUGGUACAUUUGUGUAAUUAGAGAAAUAUUCCGAAAUCGUGUAUUCCGUUUUUAUAAUGAUGACAAGUAUUAUCAUAUGCCUAGAGGUUGCUGUCAGGGUAGUUCGCUCGGGGGACUUAUAUAUAGUUUAUUCUCUAAUGACUUAUCGAAGAGUAUCGUGUGUAAUGUUAAGUUAUGCGGAUGAUGUAAUUUUAUAUGCAAGUGGCAAUAAUUCGGAUGUUGUAAUGGAUGAAGUGUUUGCUCAAUUCAAAAAUGUAUGUGACUGGUGUUUAAAAAAUGGUAUUACAGUUAACUAUAGUAAGACAAAAUAUAUGGUAUUUUUUAAGGAGCAUGAUACAACUGAAAAAUCUGAGAGAAUGUUUUGUCAGGUAAAUGGUGAGAAUAUUGAGCGUGUGUUUGAAUUUAAAUAUUUAGGUAUCUGGAUUGAUCCACACCUUAAUUUUAAGAAACACUAUGAUGUUGUAUGUAAGAAGGUUAUAGCGAAAUUGAAAUAUCUGAGAGGUGUUAAGCGGUAUUUGAAUGUUCAUGUUUUAAAGAUUAUGAUAAAUGCAUAUGUACACUCAGUUAUAAAUUAUGGUAUUGAGAUAUGGGCUGUACAAACUGAUACUCUCCUCAUCGAACUCCAAAACAGAAUAGACAGAUUUAUUUAUGAAUUUUUUGUGCAUAAGUACGCUAAGAGGAAGUACAGACAUAAGACUGACACACAAUUUAUAGAUAAAUUACGGAAAGAUUGUAACUUUAUGACAAUAUUGGUGAGAAGACAUUAUGUCCUACUAAAAUGUGCAUAUAAAGAUAUGAUUGCAGGUAGUUGUAACUUCUCAUUAAGAAAUAAUGUACGUACUUUUCCACUAAUGAAUGUGGAUACUUUCUCCUCUCAAAUAUAUAAAAAAUCUGUCAAAUUUCGUACUACGAAGUUAUGGAACGCGUUACCAAGAGAUUUAGACGUAAGAAAUAUGUCAUAUGGGAAAUUUAAAGAAUUUUUAUGUGAAGAUAUGAUGAAAUAAUUGUUUAAAAAUAACGAAAUGAAGAUAUAUUAGUUAGUAGAUAUAGUUAGUUAGUAACAUAUUUGUAUAUUGUAUGUGUCACUCGUGGAAGAGCAUGGUUUGUUACUGUGAACUUGGUAGACACUUGAAUAAAGCAUAAUCAAUCAAUCAAUCAAUCAAUCGAGUUGAGAGGACCCAGCUGCUGAUAUCAAUUGACUAAAAACUUCAGCGUCACACAAUAGCAAAUGUUAGUUGAGCAGGAUUACUGAAGCGAUGAAAUAUUAAUUGUUAAAUAACCAACCCAUGACUCUUGGCUUAUUUUUUGUAUUGGGAAAUAAUGAUGGGAAAUAUUGUAGUUCUUAAUUUAGUUUGAUAAUUUAAACCGUGUCUUUUAGUAUCAGUUUUUUUGACUAGCUUGUUUUUGACCGAGUUUGUUUUUGCUGUGUUUGUUGCAAUUUUUAUGAGUACAAUGAUUUUUUAAAGCUACAGCUUAUUUUAUUAAUGAUUAAUCAACUUAAAUCAUCAAUUGUUAUCAAAUUCUCAACCAAUAAAUGACAGUAAUACUUUGAAA